UUAAAGCAUGAAGAGUGUGAAGGAAAAGAUGAAGUCAUCACAAGCCAUAGUGAGUAUGUUAAUGGUGCAAAUAUUCGCAACUGGGAUGCAGCUUCUAUCAAGAGUGAUAUUGGUUAAUGGCACCUUCAUUUUCGCACUCACUUCUUAUCGCCAUGUUGUUGCUGCUCUUUUUGUUGCCCCUUUUGCUCUUUACUUUGAAAGAGACAGGGAAAAGAAAUUCACUUUGAAAGUAUGGUUUUGGAUCUUCAUUAACGCUUUAACUGGAAUGACAAUGGCUCAGGGAUUGUAUUAUUAUGGGUUGAGGGACACUUCAGCUACUUACUCCAUCAAUUUUCUCAACCUGGUUCCAAUAUGCACAUUUGCUGUGUCUAUUAUAUGCAGAAUUGAGAAACUGAGGGUGAAAACAUGGGGUGGUAGAGCAAAGUGUGUGGGAGCAAUAUUGUGUGUUGGAGGUGCAUUGGUAACAAGCCUUUACAAAGGCCAUGAAUUCUUCAUUGGUCAACGCCACCAUGGCCACCAUGAUUCUCAUUCUUCUGCUGCUUUGACUCACAAGACCAACAUGCUUCGUGGAACUAUCUUCUUGGUUCUUAGCUGUUUCUCAUACACAGCUUGGUUCAUUGUGCAAGUAAAGUUGCUGAAAGAAUUUCCAUUUAAAUAUUGGGGAACAAUGCUAGCUUGUAUUAUGGCAUCAAUUCAAUCUGCAGUAAUUGGCUUAUGCAUAGAUUCCAGCGGUGCUUCUUGGAAGAUACACUGGAAUCUACAGCUUGUUACUAUUCUCUAUUCGGGAGCACUUGCUACGGGUGCAACAUUUUGUUUACUUUCAUGGGCCAUUUCAGUAAAAGGACCAACAUACCCUCCAAUGUUUAAUCCCCUUGCUCUUAUUUUUGUGGCCAUAUCAGAAGCUCUCGUACUUGGUGAACCACUAAAAGUUGGAACGUUGUUGGGGAUGGUUUUGAUAAUAUCAGGAUUGUACUCAUUCUUGUGGGGAAAAAAGAAGGAACCAAAAAGCUUGGCUCAGUCAAAUGUGGUAGCAGCAGAAGUGUCAGCUGACUCUGCAUUGCCACAAGCAACUGCUGUUGUAGUACCAAGAGCUUCUUCACCUACUAGCAAUGUAGUUUUAGAGGUAGAAACUACUAACAAGUAGUAAGAAUCAUACAACUCAACCAUACAAAAUGUUUAACUAGAUAGUAACUUGUAUGCUCCAUCCUCAUUAAAUCACCUUUAGAGCUUACUAUCAUUAACUAGUAUUAAUUAGGGAAAAAAAACAGUGAUCUCUUAAUUUAUUUCUAGGUACCGUAUACUUUGAGUUAAGUGAUUACUGCUGGGUCAAAAGUUGUAAAUAAUUGCAAAAAUGUAAUUUCUCUAUUUUGCCCUUGGGAGACGGAUGGAACAAAUGUGCAGUUUAA